AUGGAAAUAGCCAACGACAGCUCAGGUGAUUUCAUCUUAGUGGGUUUCUCUGAACGACCUGAGUUAGAACUGAUUCUCUCACUCUUUGUCUCCUUGUUCUACAUUAUAACCCUGACAGGUAACACAGCUAUCAUUCUGCUUUCUCUCCUGGACUCCAGGCUCCACACUCCCAUGUACUUCUUCCUCAGAAACCUUUCCUUUCUAGACCUCUGCUUCACCACUAGCAUUGUCCCUCAGAUGUUAGUGAACAUCUGGGGAGGAAGCAAAAAGAUCAGCUACUCUGGAUGUAUGGUCCAGUACUGGGUGGCCUUGGCUCUUGGCUCCACUGAAUGUGUGCUCCUUGCAGUGAUGGCUGUUGAUCGUUAUGUUGCUGUCUGUUGGCCCCUACGCUAUGCUAUGAUCAUGCACCCACGCCUCUGCCACCUCCUAGGGGCUGCUUCCUGGUCUAGUGGCUUUGCCAACUCCCUCUUGCAGUCAUCACUGGCCAUGGUGCUACCUCGAUGUGGCAACCGAAGAGUGGAUCAUUUCUUCUGUGAGUUACUGGUCAUUGUCAAACUUUCCUGCGUGGACACUGGUCCAACAGAGUCUAAGAUGUUCAUUGCCCGCCUUAUCAUCCUUGCCAUGCCUGUCUCCAUUAUCUUAACUUCAUAUGGGUGCAUUGCAUGGGCAGUGAUGAAGAUCCGUUCAGCUGAGGGAAGAAAGAAGGCCUUUGGUACUUGUGCAUCACAUCUCCUAGUGGUGUCACUUUUUUAUGGGACAAUCAUGUUUGUAUAUCUACAGCCCAAAAACAAUUACUCCCAGGACCAGGGAAAGGCUCUUGCAGUGCUCUAUACAAUUCUAGCUCCUACCCUCAACCCUCUGAUCUAUACGCUAAGGAAUAAAGAUGUGAAGAAAGCAGUAAGAAAAUUAAUGGGGAAGGAGCAGGCAUAG